CACACUCAUAAAAACGUAAUGCAAAACUGGGCCUCGUUAAACACUAAUACAAUCAUCGAAAGCUUGUAAAUACUUCCCCUUCAGUGGAUGAAGUAGAUUCAAGACGUUGUAACUAGGAGUGUGGGCGGUUGUGUUUGAGAACAAUAAGAGAAGCCCAGCCUGGUGACUUUCAUAUGUUAUGUGGGAAGAAAAAUGUCUAUCUUUUUUCCUUCUUUUAUAAAAAAACUGUUGCGGGGUGUGGAGCGGCGGUGUCAUCGGUUGGAAGAAUGCGUCGGGGUUUGAUCCGUCCGCGGUGUUUCUGCGAGCACUCAUGUUUCCUGGGUUUGUUGUAAAGUUAUGAGUGUGUCUCUGCAAACAACUGCAGUCAUGUGACACGGAGCACUCUCUGACUCACUCAGCCAUUACAGCGUCCCGGCACUUUUCUUUCUGAGUGGAUUUAAUCAGAUCACAACAACAACAACAACAAAAUGCUGCUUAAUGUGGAUGAAACGGCUCCUUCCCUAUAUCCCCUUUCUUUUAUCUCUUUUUCUUUCUGAAUCUGAGCUCCAACCCCCCUCCCUUCCCACGUCUUCCCCUUUCCAUGAGGCCUCUGUACUCUGCCUUCCAGAGCUAGACCGGAGGCCUCUCUGUCCUGCUCUCUGAUUGGCUGAGCCGCACCACAUGGUCACAGAGUGGGCUGCCCUGCUCCGCUAUCCGCCCAGCUUUCUGGGUGUUCACAUGGAAUAACUCUACAGCUGCAGUGGGAAGAGAGCAGGGGCCGGGAAAAAGCCAGGGAGAGACGGCGAGCCCAAAAUGGACAUGGCUAACCUAUUCAAACAUUUCUUUCGGAUUGGGAAGGUGAAGAGCAGGAAGGGCGGGAUGAGGGACACGGCCUCCAACGCGGACGCAGACGGGUACGAUAACGGCGAGCGCCUGUACGACCUCAACCUGCCUGCGCUGGUGAAGUUCAGCUACACGGCGGAGCGCGAGGACGAGCUGUCUCUGGUGAAGGGCACGCGGGUGGUGGUGAUGGAGAAGUGCAGCGACGGAUGGUGGCGCGGCAGCUACAGCGGGCGCUCCGGGUGGUUCCCCUCCAACUACGUGACGGAGGACAUGGACGGCACGGCGGGGGGCGGGCUGGGAGACCCCGCCGGAUCGCUGACGGAAAAGUUGGCGGCCGUGGUGAACAGCACCGCCAACGGGAACCGCGUGCUGCACACGGUCCAGGCGCUCUACCCCUUCGGCUCCGGGAACGACGAGGAGCUGAACUUUGAGAAGGGCGAGGUGAUGGAGGUGGUGGAGAAGCCGGAGAAUGACCCCGAGUGGUGGAAGUGUCGCAAAGCGGACGGACAGCUGGGCUUGGUGCCUAAAAACUACGUCACGGUGCUGGACUCCGGUUCGUUUAAACCUGGAGCGGGACCCGCGGGGCCGCCCACGCCCGACUGCGACUACAUCACGCCCUCCACCGUGGGGCGCUUCGCGGGGAAGGAGUGGUACUACGGGAAGGUGACGCGCCACCAGGCGGAGGUCGCGCUCAACCAGAGGGGCGUCGAGGGGGACUUCCUCAUCCGGGACAGCGAGUCAUCGCCAAACGACUUCUCCAUCUCCCUGAAAGCGCAGAGCAAGAACAAGCAUUUCAAGGUGCAGCUGAAGGAAACCCUUUACUGCAUCGGACAGCGCAAGUUCAACUCCAUGGAGGAGCUUGUGGAACACUAUAAAAAGGCUCCCAUCUUCACCAGCGAGCAGGGAGACAAACUGUACCUGAUCAAGGCCCUGGCCGCCUCCUGAUCCCUCUCACACACAGGAACACACACAUUUUACAUUAACUGCAUCCAUAUAUACACAGAUAACCUACGGCACACUAACAUGUCAACUCCAAGCCUGAGGACUCGACACAUCGUCAGGACUGCAAUGCCCGAUUUGUGAGCAUUCCAAGAGGAGGUAUGGGAAAAGCAUGGGAGAGACACGGAGGAAAAGGGGGAGACAAAGAGACGAUAUGGACUCCUGAGAGUUGACUACAGACCUCUUGGUCGCCUAUUUUAAAUUAUCCAGAUGCGUUAGGUCAUAGGCAAUGCCAUGUAUUUCCACCUUGAUAUCUAUUAGAGUUGCAUUUAGUUUAUUUUGUUUUGUUUUUGUUGAUAAUAUAUAAUCUUUUAACAGUUUUCUUUUUUUUAAAUGUGAUUUUUUUGUAUCCAACACAACAUCCACCAAACCCGUAUUUUUUAAGCCAACUAUCCCGCAGAGCUCAUUUUUGUGUUGUCUGUCUUAAUUAGUUAUUUUAUGAUUGUGGACACCCUAAUCCACGGCUUCUGCUAAUCAUGAAUACAAAAAAAAACAAGUGACCAAAAUAUAUUUAUUGAUACCUGUUAGGCGGCGGCGGCGAGUCACAGAUCUGCGCAUUUUAGGAGGAUUGCUCUUCUCGUGCAAACUAGUUGUCUUUGCGUGUCUCACAUAUUGCUGUAUCCAUAUCAUGUGAAUGUUACAAAGCCGAGGCAUCGCAGUGUGUGUGUGGGGGGGGGGUGUGACGCUGCAUGGUGCAUGCAAACAGAAAAGUGUCCUCACCCCCGCUCUGUUAUCUCCGAAAACAGUGUGUCCAUAGAGGUCACGGAAGAGUGAACAUGGAGUGUGAGUGACAGCUGAUGCGUCCUGUAAAGUUGCCAAAGGGGACGUGUCUCUGCACAUGUUGAGAGCGGGGGGGCGGGGGGGGGGGGUGAACGCUGGGAGGGGGAACGAGCGAAGGAUGAUGUCACCGCUCCUGAAUUAGUGAUCACUGGAGGAGUUAGGGGGUCACCCAGGGGUCGAGUUAGUGCGGUCGCAACGAAUAUACAUCAAGCUGGGAGAGGAGACGCCCUCCUCUUCCUCCUCCUCCUCCUCCUCCUCUUCCUCCUCUGAGGGUUUCAGGAGGUGAAGGAGAUGCUUGAUGGUUAUCUGGGCAUUUCAUUUCAAAAUGUCUUAAGAAGUCUCCUAUCGGUCUGUUUGCAGAUCAGAGAGUCCUGUUGUGAACGUGGAGAUGUUUAGUACGGGUCCCCAGUACAUAGAAACUGACCGAUGCUAUCUUGCAAUUUGUACAAUUAACAGUUUUAAAAUGACUUUGCCGAUUUGAAACAUUUUCCAGUGGUUUUGGAGGAUGUUGGAAAAUCAACAAUGGCAGUUUUAACCAGAAAGUUGCCAUGUUUUGAACUUUAUGUGAAUUUUGAGUCGGUUUUAAAGUUUUAGGGGACUCAAAACUGCCAUUUUUUUAAUCCUAAACAUGUCAGAAAUGGAUUCAACAUCCUCAAUAACCUUAAAAAAAACACACAAAUUGUCCAAAUCGGCAAAAGCCAUUGUUUACCUAGCAUGUGCUAUUUAAUGCAACGUAUGCUAUUUGUGCAAAUUCCCCAGCAUUUGCAAGUUAGCAUCCGGUAGUUUCUAUGUGCUGGGGACCCAUACUAUAACGCAAAACGUUGGGGUACUCAACAUUUCCGGGUCUUCACAGCUGGUAGAUUAUUCGGGGGGGAAUCCAGCUUGUUUCAAACCCAGCAGAGCCCCUGGUUUGUAUUUACAGUGAGCGGGUUAGUCGUGGAGUGAAAAUGGACCAAGUAUUUGUUUGAAUGUCGAGGGGCAGCUAGCAGACGAUGAUGCUCGGGGUGAUGAGUUCUCCAGCUGUUGGACCCGAGCUCGGAGAGAGAUGGAGGAGGAGGGAUAUCAUAGAGGAGCAGUGGAAAAAUAGACCCUAAAAAAACAAAAGCAGAGAUCUGGGAGUGUGUUUCCACGGAGGAUCUGGAUUAGAGAUUCCCAGGCACUGACGGGCGGGGAAGUGAACUGAGGCCAAAGCUGAUGUGUCAUAGUUUGAGGAUAACACAUGUUGGAUGGGUUUGUAACUUCUAAUUAAUCCAAGCAUGAGAAAGUCAGCCAUGCCACAAAGAACACAUGGGUGCGAACAUCGAGCUGCUCUUUCUCUCUGUUUUGGAGCCGUACGAGAUGGACGCUGCAAACCAUUACCUUUCACUUUGAUUCAUGGCAAGUUCUAAUUAUGCACCUGCAGUGAGUUUAAGUUCGCAUUAAGCGGGACGAAAACAACAUUCCAGGAAUGAAAAAAAAAGUUCCCGUUUGGACUCGAAAGAGCUCUUGUUCGACGUGAUGAAGAAUUGUUUCUUUUGGGUCCAAAAUCUGUAAAAAAGUCAUGAUGUUUUUGCCUCCUUUCUUCUCUGUUUUGCAGAGCAGUAUUUUGGUUACAGAAAUCCAGUUUUCAGUCUUUAGUGUUAACCGAACGCUAUCAUUUGUGAAAUCCCCUCCCUCCAGAUUGAAAGCAUCUGCAAUAUUUCGCAGCAACCGCCAACAGUGCGACAGCUUGAAGGAUUUAGGAGAUUUGAAUGUGCCUUCACAGAUUUCUGUCAACCAAAGGUUAAAGUCUUAUUAUUUGAAUCUUUUCCUCCCACUUCUUGUCGUGUUAUUUGGUUAAAGCUUUGCAUGUGUCUGCGAUGUGUUGGGGGAUGUCAUCCUUAUCGAGAAGGGGCGUUUCCUCCUAAAAACGUGUCUUUGUCACGCAUUAAAUGCCCAUUUGGUGAUAUUGUGUGUAGUUUCAAGUGACCUUACCUUUGCUGAUCUCAUCAAGUAUAACUUCUUAAACGCCUACAUGUACAUAUGUGCUGAUGUUCAUUCAGAACCUGCAGGUGUGACCUGAAUCUCAUGUACCGGCGUCCUCCAUGUUUCCAAGGAAAUAGUCUGUAUGCGUUUCAUAUAAGACAUUCACUUUUAGCCACUUAAAUAUGUACAAAAACAUCCUCAAUGUUAUUGGAAUACAGAGCCGCAGUAUCUCCUUGAUAUUGUUAUAAAUUGGGAUUUUACUUUUCAUUUGACACCAAUGGAGGCCGCAUGAGCAGAGCCUUGUAGCUGUACAGAAAUGGGUUUGCUUGUGAAGACACAGGUCAGUCGUGACGGAUACUAUCGUUUAUCAAAUCAAGAAACUACGGAGCAGCUGGAAACGUAUUUCUUGUCUGCUAACCAAGCCUGAGAUAAUCUUGACUGAUUUCUCGAUGAUAUCCAGAACAAUCGACCCGUGCUUUUUAAACCGUUGGUGCUUUGUGUGCUGCUUUCUUGGUGUUCUGUCCCACAAAGCUUUUUUUUCCCUGUAUGAGAGAGUGAAGCAAAACAGAUCCAUGCUGUGGAAUGAUAAAGGCAGUGCUGUGAAAUUUAAUGUCAUGCUCUUAAUACUGUUUUUAUGGCGGGGGAGGGGGGGGGGGAGAUCGUCUUCAGGUGUAAUAAUUUAGAAGAGUUUAUUAGAGUGUUCGAAAGACGUAAUAAACGGCAUAAAAAUGAUCAUGUCUUGUUUUGAUCUGUUGUUAAAUGUUGGUAUAUCCACUUUUCCUUAAAGGGGCCCUAUUCUGCUUUUUGGGGUUUUCCUUAAAUGUGUGUUUUUAUAGGUGUAUGUAAAUGGUCUGCUGAGGCUCAAAUGUGAUAACAUCAGGGGCAAAAACAAACAAGUGAAUCUGAAAACGAGCAGAAUAGGCCCCUUUAAGUGUCGAAUGUCGGUACUUUAACUUCCCUUCUUUCCUAAAGGUGUGUUUAUUGGAUACAAACUAAAAUUGUUAUGCAAACUAGCCGAACUUUCUGAAAACUGCGUGGGUCUCCUUUGUUCCGUCGCUAUGAUGUGAUAAUAUUGCAGUUUAAACGGGGACUUUUCACAGCUGUGGUUUUGUGUGUUGCAUGUGCGCCAUCUGGUGGGAGGUGUAAUGACACACGUGGCCAACACCACCCAGGCCAAUUUAAAAAAACAAACUUUUCCUUCAUUUUAGUCCCCUAUUCCAAAUCACUCUUUAGAAGACCAUGACAUUUCAAAAAUAAAAUCCUCUUCAUCAUCAUUCA